AUGGUCCGAAUCGCGCUAGCUGGUGGCACCGGCAAUGUUGGACGAGAAGUUUUGGAUGGGCUGGUGGCGAAGGGAUCACACGAGGUCGUUGUGUUCAGUCGCUCCGAUACUUCUAAGCUCGACCUGCCCGGCGUUGAAAUGGCUCAAGUCGACUAUAAUGACCAAGCGGACCUUAUCAAACAUUUACAGGGAGUGGAUACGGUACUCUCUUUCAUUGUUAGCCACCUCGACCCAGAUGGCACAGCGCAAAAGAAUCUCGUGGAUGCCAGUAUAGCGGCUGGUGUGAGAAGGUUUGCACCUAGUGAAUGGGCACUAGGGAGCAACAGUGGCAACCCACUUUAUAAAAGUAAAGAUCUGGUGCACGAAUAUCUCCAACAGAUCAACAAGGACAAAAAGGUGUUAGAAUACUGCCUCUUCCAGCCAGGUCUGUUCUUGAAUUACCUGGGCUUUCCCCACGCCUCCACCAAGCACGUUCAACUGUUCUGUACUCCGUGGGACCUGGAACAUCGGCGCGCGAUCAUCCCAGCCGAUGCUGAUUUUCCACUUACUCUCACGACUGUUCAAGACAUGGUCAAUGUGGUCGUUGCGGCCAUCGACUACAAAGGCGUGUGGCCGGAAAGAGGUGGGAUUAGCGGCAACACAUUCAUGAACUCGGAAUUCUUGAAGCUUGCAGAAUCGGUGCGCGGCUCCAUGAAAGUUGAGGCAGUCCCCCAGGCCCAGCUCAAAGAUGCCAGCUUCAAUACUUCGUGGCUGCCCCCGGCGGAUCAUCCCGCGAUCGCCCCAGAAAUGAGAGUGGCCUUUGCGAAACAGAUAGUGGCCGGCGUCUUGCAGGCUGCUUUGAAGGGAGGGUUUGGCGUCAGCGAUGAAUGGAAUCAACUGCUUCCAGAUUUGCGCAUGACGAAGGCGGAAGAUUUCCUGUUGGAUAUCUGGUCCGGAAAGCCAUGA